ACUUAUUAAAUAGAACGUAAUGCCGCCUUCUGUCGUCAGUGAUUUGAGCUCUAGAAUAGAGCUUUCUAUAAAGUGCUCGUCUCUCAGAGACGCGGACUUCGGCUCCAAGUCAGAUCCAAUGUGUAUUCUGAGUCUGCAAAAUGAAGACAGUGGGAAGUUCGAGGAAAUCGGACGCACUGAGCGAGUGGAAAACUGUCUAGAUCCUGAGUUUACCACCAAACUGCUAGUCACCUACAAAUUUGAAACCAAGCAGAUGCUCAAGUUUAAAAUAUACGACUGCGAUGACGCUACGAGUAACCCUGACAAGGCAGACAAACUGGGCCAGCUGAAGGUGUCUGUUGCAGAAGUAGUGCAAGGUCGACUGAGACAGGGGAGGCUGUUGGAGAAAUCGGGCAAUGGAAAGUCCAAGAUACAUGUCACCGCACGAGAAACGGUCGACUGUAGGCAAAGCUAUGUCUUCAAUUUCAUUGCACGUGGCCUAGACAAUAAAGACGGAUUCUUCGGAAAGUCCGAUCCGUUCCUGAUCUUCCACAAGCAGACAGAGACAGGCUUCACACCUGUAGGCCAGACGGCCGUGGUGGACAAUGACCUCAACCCCAACUGGCCCCCCUUCACCAUCAACUGCGCCACCUUCUGCGACAAUAAUGCACAACUCCCACUCAAAAUAGAGUGCUUUGACUUUGACUCGGACGGAGGUCAUGACUUGAUUGGAUCCUUCGAGACAACAACUGCUGAACUGUUCGCAGAAGUUAAUAAAAAGGAGUUUCUGCUGAUCAAUGAGAAGAAAAAGGCUAAGAAGAGUUCGUAUAAGCACAGUGGGGUGUUGCUUCUGGAGUCCUAUCGUCUAGAAGAGGACUGGGAAUUCUCCCACUACCUUCAGUCUGGACUCCAGCUGGGAUUCUCUGUUGCUAUCGACUUUACUGGAUCAAACGGUGACCCCUCCCAUCCUAUGUCCCUGCACUACUUCAACCCAUCCUUGCCCUACAACCAGUACACUACAGCCAUAGACUCAGUGGGACAGGUGGUGCAGGAGUACGACUCGGACAAACUGUUCCCCGUGUUCGGAUUCGGUGGCUGUUUCUUCAGCCAGCAGCGCACCAGUCACUGCUACCCUCUCAACAACAAUCUGGAAAACCCGAACGUUCAAGGGGUGCAAGGAAUUUUGGAUGCAUAUCGAUACGCAUUGUCUUCUUCUGCAUUGUCUGGACCAACCAACUUCAGUGAAGUGAUCAACUGCGCUAUCUAUAAUGCAUCUCAGUUCCAGUCUGGUUUGAACUAUUUUAUCCUCCUCAUUAUCACCGACGGAGCUAUCACGGACAUGGACAAGACUAAAGCAGCUAUUGUAGAGGCGUCCAAGUAUCCUAUUUCUAUCAUAAUAGUGGGUGUCGGCAUUGCGGACUUCGAUUCCAUGGAAGAACUGGACUCAGACAAGAAGGCUCUCGAGGAUUACAACGGGAAGAAGGCAAAGCGGGACAUUGUACAGUUCGUGCCCUUGAGAGAUAUUUUCGGAAAUACGUCUGACCCUGCGUACAUUGCUCAGAACCAACAUAGAUUGGCGAAAACAGUACUGGCGGAGGUCCCUAAACAAGUGAAAGCCUACAUGAAGUCACGUGGACUGAACCCUAUGGACAUAUACAAUGCGUACAUGCAGCAGUUCCCGCAGGCACAAAAUGCCGUUCCCCUUGAGAGUCCAAAAGAGGCGUGAAGUUAUAUGUAUGGAGACAUAAUCAGUUAUUUGUGUUCACAGAAAUCUAUCUUGCACAAUUUUGUAAAAGCGAUUAUCGUCAAAAUACUGUAUAACAAAUUUAUUUAAAAUUUUCUUUUAAUUCAGUGAUAAAAAUUGAA